AUGGCUCGGUUACCGACAGCGUUUCCGUAUGCGCACAGCACAACCCCCGAGAAGGGCGCGGCCGAACUAAGCCAACUCCUUCGUCGACUCGACCAGACUAUCCUACACGCAGACCAGAACCGCGAGCGCAGGUUGCGGGUUAGCGAGUUCGAGCGGGCGAGGCUGAACUCUAACCUCGACUAUGCGCGGAGUCUUCUCACAAGAGUCGAGCAGGAAGCUAUGCAUGUCAAGCUUCUCUCUCGGAGGCAGGACAUGCAGGCCGACCUGAAUCGUAAACGCGAACUUCUUGAAAGACUGGUGGAUAGGAUGCAUGAUCUCGAACAGGUGCGUCGCGUUGACCCGCUGUUGCACGAGGAAGACGAUGACAACAGCUCCGACGGCGAGGAUAUAUUGGCCGACAUUAUCCCCACGCCGAGCGAAAGCAUGGACUCUCGGUCGACCGAUAUACCAACAGAAGACACAGGCGACCAAGAUGAAGACGAUGAACCCGAGGCACCCAGCCUUCCCCCGCCCGUCUCAGCGCUGCCAAAGGAACCCUCACAAUCAUUUGCAGCGGCCACGACUUCAGAAACGGAAAAUUCGACAUCACAUCAACCAAAAACAACCACCGAAGCAGGCACGACAACAACCCAGUCCCUCCGUUCCCGCGGCCCCGCACGCCCUGGCUCGCCCUCGGCGACAACGACAGCGACAGCGCGCGCAGCCCUCUUCGCCUCCCGUCGCUCCAACACCGUCAAGUCAACAGUGUCGGCCCCAGCUUCAUCAACGGCAACAGCCGAAGCGAUCCUGGACCACCAGCGCGCGGAGCAGGAUGCGCUGUCCGAGUCGAUUUUGAAGAUGGCCAGUGCGCUCAAAGCCAGCUCGCAGAAGUUCUCCAACACGCUCGAGCAGGACAAGAAUGUUGUCUCACGCGCGGCCGACGGGAUGGACAAGACGGAAAGGUCGAUGGACGCCGCGAGUCGGAGGAUGGGCACGUUACGGAGGAUGACGGAGGGUAAGGGGUGGUGGGGCCGGAUGAUGCUCUACGCAUGGGUUUACGGGCUAAUGGUUGCGUUGAUUUUGUUGGUGUUUGUGAUGCCCAAAUUGAGGUUUUAG